GUACCUCCGAGCUUGGCUGGCGUUUCUUCACUGCUUGCGGCUUGGAGCGGAAUGUGCACUGGUGGCGCUAUGACUUUGACACAUGGCAUGGUGCGCAGGGGAGACCUGAAGCCUUAGCCCUGCCCAGUCUGACCGCCCUUGGAGCCGACGCCCGGCGCAUCCUGGUGCUGGGCGGAGUCUCCGGUGGUGGAGUGAUCAACUCGUUCCUUCAGAGCAGCGAUGUGGAAGAAGUGCUGUGGGUUAGUGAGAUGAGAAGUGUCAUCAAAGCUGCUGCGCGCUGCGUGCCAUCGCUCAGUUGGUUGGCUCGUCCUGAGCCCAGGCUUCGAGUGGUGCACCUUGACACCCAGGAGUUCUUGCGCUCGGCAGCUGUCAAUGCUGGAUACUUUGACAUCGUGGUUCAGGACACCCUGUCCCUCUACAGAGACGAGAAGCGCGAGCGCUCCCAUUGGAGCGAUGUCACUGACUACUUCGCAGCAUCGCGCCUGGAGGUCAUUCAGCAGCUGCUCUCCCCAAGAGGUCUGCUCGUUGCCACAGCGGGAUACCUGACAACCCCAAGAUCCCUUCGUGUUGCCUAUGACGCCUUGGCUCCUUAUUUCAAGCUCCGUUCCUGGGACCUGGGCGCUGGUGUGGCCAUAGGUCAACCUUUGCAGUUCGCUGCCCCAGAUACGGCGCAUGCCACGGGGGUUACCAUUGCCUUCAUUGCCGGUGGGGACGAGGGCACCACGCAGAUGAAUCAAAGCUGGUGGCGUGCCCAAAGUAUUGAGACUUGUUUCUACACUGAGGAGAUGCACGCAGCUUUGCUGGCGCCUAGCAAGACCUUGAUGAAGAUCCUUGGUUUGGGAUCAGCGCCGCCCAAUGUGAAUGACCUGCCACGGUGCACCUGUGCCUAUGAGGACGCGUGGAACAAGGAAGGGCUCCUAUUUGCCCGACAGAGCAAGUUCCAAAAGCUGAAAGUGAAGAAUGAGAAACCAUCUGAAGAUAGCAGUGGAUGUACCGCUUUAUUCUUAGAUGAUGAGCUUCAAGAGACUGAUGUCUAUGGGGAUUUCUACCACGAGGCUAUGGUGCAUGUGGCCAUGGCCCAAUUGGGACCAAAUGCACAGCGGGUGCUGUUGCUGGGAGGUGGCGAUGGCGGUGCCGCCAGCCUGGCGUUGAAGUACCCGGAGGUUGAAGUGCUGCAGGUGGAAAUCGAUGAGAUGGUCAUUGAAACGUCUCAGCGCUUUUUCCAGAGCUUUUCCUCUGCUUUUGGGCACCCUCGUCACAAGCUGAUAGUGGCUGAUGCAGUACGUUGGGUGGAGCAAAAUUGGCGAGAAAUGCAACAGACCUUUGACCUUUGCAUUAUCGACUCCACUGAUGAGCCCUUGGCCAGCGUAUGGAGCGGCAAGUUUUACAAGCACUUAAAAUCAAUGCUUAAAGCCCAUGGCGCCGUGGUACAGAAUGUUGGCAACCAGUUGGACACUCUGGCGGAGUUCCGUGCCUGGCACCUGCCGCUGUUCCGGCAGCGUCGUUUGAUCAACUGCCUGACGCCGGACUAUGAGUCCCCAUACUUCCUGGCGUUUCUGGCAGAUGUGGAGAUCAAUCCGGUGAACUGGACAUGGUGGACUUCCUUGAACAUCUCCACCAUCUACUACCACCCCGGUCUACAUGACGCGUUGCUGGCCAUUCCGAAGGAAACCAUCGAUUCUUACGUGGAUGGCAAAGAGUGGGUGCCCCAUGAUGCCGUGUAUUCCAAGCAGCACUUUGGCGCAGCUGUAAGCCAGUCAAGAUCACCAAGAUCAGGCUUUCAUAUUGGCUGUGCGUGUUUUCAUCGUGCAUUGGCUGUGCAUCAGUUGGGUAAGCCCCAGCUACAGCACCUGCGCCCUGUGAAGGUGACCUUUGAUUUCUUGGACAAGCAGUAUGGAUAUCGUCAUCCCGCCCGAGUCGGUAUCUCGAAUCUCCUGCGGCUGCAGCGCGGAUGA